AUGCCUAUCCCUUUAUUAUCCACCCAAUCUCCAUCUGCUACAGCUAAUAUUAGGUGUCACCUUAUUCGGGAGGAAAUUUCCUACGAUACUGAUGAUAUGUAUAAUAAAUAUUUGGCUAACUACAAUUUAUUUAAUCGGGAUCAAAAUAUUAUCUAUGCCAAAAUUAUGUCCUUGCCCUCCACUCCAUCCCAUAAUUUAUUUUUUAUAGAUGGUCCUGGUGGUACUGGAAAAUCAUUUCUAUUAAAUACAAUAUUAUUUAACUUGAGAGCUCAAGGUAAAAUUGCUAUAGCUGUUGCAUCUUCUGGCAUAGCUUCAACUCUUCUUCAUAAUGGCCGUACUGCACAUUCACGUUUCAACAUCCCCUUAAGUAUUCAUGAAAGUUCCUCAUGUAAUAUUCCUUACCAAAGCCAAAUAGCUGAAUUGAUAAGACAAUCGGUAAUUAUAAUAUGGGACGAAAUAUCAAUGACUCAUAAACAUAUAUUCGAGGCCGUGGAUAGGUCAUUUCAGGAUAUAAUGAAAUUAGACAAACCGUUUGGUGGUAAAAUUAUUAUUUUUGGCGGAGAUUUUAGACAGAUUUUACCUGUUAUUAAACGUGGUGGAAGAUGCGACAUUGUUAACUCAACCUUAAAACGAUCCUAUUUAUGGUCACAUAUAGUGCCAUUAAGGUUAUGUAUUAAUAUGAGACUUCUACAAUUUCAGGAAGCAAAUGAUUAUUUUAUUAAUAAUGAAUACUCAAAAUUUCUUUUAAGAGUUAGUGAAGGCUGUGAAACAUUCGAUGGCUCCAGGGAUAAAAUAAAAAUUCCUCAAGAUUGUUGUAUAGCUUCCAAUGAUAUCGAGGAUCUUAUUGCUUUUGUUUACGAUAUAGACAAAGACAAUUCAUCAUUUAACCGAACAUCAUUUGCUCAAAAUGCAAUCCUGACCCCUAAAAACGUAGAUGUCGAUUCUAUAAAUAUUAAAUUGAUUAACAAAAUUCCGGGAGAUAUAAUUACAUACAUAAGUGCUGAUGAAACCAUAACCGAGGAUGAAGCGACGUUUUAUCCCACUGAAUUUUAA